CCCAAGCCGUUUCACCAGUGAAGCAGUAGAAAACUCUGCGGAAGCAAAUGCUGAUUACUAAAUUUACAGCUGGUGCUUUCAAGUAAUUUUAUCAACGAAUUCUUACCUUUCCACUUGAACAAAAUACCUGUCCCAUAUUGCUUCCGGGAUCCCGUCGUUGUUCGUUUCUGCGACAGAAUGUCGAUUCAACUUCAAACUGUUCGUUUUGGCAGCACUUGUCAUUAUGAGGACGAUGAUUGUGACCUCAUUGGAUCAGGAAGUUUCGGCAACACUUACAAAGCCAGCAUUACGAAGCGCGGCAAUUAUGUUGGACCGGACGUUGUUGCUGUGAGAUUUUUCAAAAUACGAGAUAAACGUUUUGUGGAAAACCCAGAAAACUAUGCCAAGCUACAGGAGAGAUUUGAAAUGAUGCUGAAGCUGAAACACGAUCACUUGGUGGACUACCAUCAAGUCACCAUUAUCCCCACGUAUUUUAAUGUCAUGGUGAAAUUCAUCAUGGACUAUUUUUCUGACAAUCUCCAAAGUAAGCUGAAACGAACUGAGGACAGCGGAACUGUGCUUAAUGUUGGAGAUGCCAUCGGUCACGCACUGGAUCUGGCAGAUGGACUGGCGUUCCUGCACGAGAACGGCAUAACUCACGGCGAUCUGAAACCAGCAAACGUGCUAAUCGAUGGAUUCAACGCCCAACGUGAGACUUUGCGUAUAUCCGACUGGGACAGCCUCGUUACUCUUCAACGCUGCAGUGUCAGCUCCCUGAAUUACAAGUAUUUCCGCAACAGCGCGCGCUGCGUGUCUCCGGAAUUGGCAGCUGCGUUAAGCCCUCGGAACACGCUCACCACGUAGCCCCCACUGCCCGACUCGGCCACGGAUGUGUGGAGCUUGGGAUGUGUCAUGCUGCAGUUGAUCCGCAGUAUCACCGGCGAUUAUCGGGAAACACUACAGCAUCCGGUCAGCGGAAGAGUAAUGGGUGCGACUGAAGCUAUCUCCGACUUGGCAUUUUCGAUAGCGGUUAUGCAUGGGUAUGUUCCUGUCGUCUAUGACGCCGCGCCCGUUCCGUCCGAGCUGGCAGCAUGUACUCGCAACUGCCUGUGCUUCGCCAGUAGCCAGAGAGUAUCUGCGCGUCGGGUGUUGGAUAAACUGUCCCAGAUCAACGGGAACCGUGUACCAAAAUUGCGUUUGCCUUGCGACGCCUUGCGUUUCCAGAUUCACACAAAAAGACACCCUUUCACAAGCCGUGAUUUGUAAAUACUUCUUCGCAAAAUAAAUUUGUGUUUCUUGACGACACAAAAUGAAUUAUUUGAUCAUUUCGGCGGCACACUUCAAAAGUGGGCUUAAUGGCGACUUUUUUCUAUAAACAAAAUCGCUGCGCCUAUGUAAUUAGCUACAAAUACCGUACACCCAUU